CUCACACGUAUGUUCCUCUCCUAAAUUCCCCUCCUCCUGUACCCAGAAGUCCUGCCCUCCUCCCUACUUAUCCUUCCCUGGUAUGGAGCUGGCACUGCCCCUUUCCUGUUAUUUGCUGUGGUUAUCCCGUUUUGGGCUGAGUGGUGCAUCUGCUCUUCACAGCACAUUAGUGACGUUCCAGAAUGAAUCGGUGGUGGAGAGUUGGGAUUCAUGCGAGGGCAUCGUCUUCCUCAUCAGCAAUCAGUCCAGCAACCUGGUGUGCGACAAUCAGUGGAGCGCGGACUCGCCACUUGCGCACGUGGUGUGCAGAGAAUCAGGCUGUGGGGCACCAAAUAUCACAUGGACGCUGAAGUCUUCUCCACAGGGCUCAUUUGGAGCCAUCCAGGGGGUGCAGUGCACAGGAAACGAGACCAGUGUGAGCGAGUGUGAGAACACGGGCCGAGCCGUGCAGCUCUGUGCCCCUGACAGUAUUGCUGUAGUCUCUUGUAACCAGAACGUCACAGACCCUGCAGAUAACAACCCAUGGAGACUCUCGAUGGGCCGCUCGUCUUGCGAUGGGCACAUAGAGGUGUUAGUGGAGGGCGGUUGGAGUCCUCUGUGUUUCACCAGCAUCCAAGAUAGUGACGCUCCACUGCUCUGCCAACAGAUGGGGUGUAAGCCUCAGAGACCCAUUUUCUCAGCAAUUCAAAAGGGAAAGUCACCUUUGGAACCUGUGAUGUUGCAGUGUCUGGAGAACAGGACCUCUGUCUGGGACUGUGAUCACCAGGUGGCUGAUAUAUGUGUGUCUGGUCUGACAACAUACCUGCAGUGUAACCGCUCCAGAAUGGAGGAAUCGUGGCUCGUGUGGCUCACAAUAUGUGCUGCUGCCCUGAUGAUCGUGGUGUUCUGCUGGGUUCGAGUAGUCAAGUCCUGCAAGGGUUGUACUCAGUGUUUGCACAAGAAUGUACUCUCCCUUUUCUGCAAACAACCCCGCUACCAACGUAAGAUGCAGACACGGAGGAACAUUCACCACAGGGAGGUCCCCAAUCUUAUUGUCCAGGAAAGCCAUAGUCCUCCAUCAUCCCCAGCAAUCCUCCAAGACACAAGUGAAGUGAAUGCAUUGCUGGCUCCUCAUGGGUUCCGCCUGCAUAACACCAUCACCCCUCCUCCCAGCUACAUGCAUGCACUGCGAGUCCUGUCCCGCCCACUGGAGAACACACAGACUCCGCCCCCAAGUUACCUUGAAGCUCUUAAGAUUCUUUCCCGCCCAGUAUUGGUCCACGUUAAUGCAACAGAGUACAAUGAUGAGAAGGAAGAUCUGGGCGUUCUCACACACAAGGAGAAGGAAGAGGAUUCUUAGUGUCGCUCAGGAGAACUGAUUUUAUUCUAUGCAAAAACUGUAUUUAUAAAUGUGAACUGGCUCUUUCAGCGACAUAUUAGCACCAAAUACCUCAGACCCUUCUCAUCUUGUUACCCCACAUGUCCUCUACCCAUAAUUUUCAUUUAAUUUAAACUGAACAUUAAGUUGGCUUGUAUAAAAUCUUACAGAAUUCAGAAAUGUAUAUGGAAAAGUUUCAGACUCAUCAGAAUUGAAGAUAUUUGAGAUUAGAGGAAGAUGUUUUUCCUAUGCACACCAGACAUAGUGCCAAUAAGCUUAAUGAAGGUCACUGGCGAGACAUUUUUCAGGCCAAGCUACAGUAGCUGAUGACAAACCAAGCUUGCAGCGCAGAAGCCUGUGAGGAUUUCAUACAGCUUAAUGCCUGCCAUGAUAUGAAAACUGUUACUUAUGCUUAUAUGAAUGUUUUAUUUCAUAAUGGUUCAUUUUUUAUUAUAGGUUUAUAUACCCACUUAAGACACUCUAACCUCAAGUAAGUUACUGGGGAUGUUUUUUUUUGCUUUAUGUAAGCUUAUUUCUGCACAAGUUAAGGACAGUCUUGAGUUAGGUCUGCACCAUUUUUAUUGUUGUCAGCCAUGUUUCUGACUGGAUGCUGGACUUUCUCCCAGUGACAUCAUACCUCACUCUGAUGAUGUCAUACCUGCAGACUAGGUCAUACUCUACAUGAAAUAGCAGUACACUGGAAUAGCAGGAUUAUGUUACAAAAACAAGACAAAUACUGUAUAGCUCUUUCCAUCUCUUAUAAAGAUGACAAAGUCCUAUAAUAACCAUUUCAUUAUACUUUCAUUACUUUAGGGUCUAAGGGGUCUAUUUACUUGGAUUGAGAUAAAGUGGACGGAGCUGGUUGGCUGGUACUUUAUCUCCAUCCAAGGCUUAGUAAAUAUACCCGUAUGUACUAAGCCUCAGAGAGAGAUAAAGUAGAUGGAAAUAAACUACCAACCAACCAGCUCUAAACUGUCAUUUUUCAAACCCAGCCUGUAACGUGACAAUUAGGAGCUGAUUGGUACAUAGACCCCUACAAUACAUGUUGAUAAAACAUAAGGUUAGAGCAUAUUUGCUUCCUAAUUUUUGCUUUAUAACAUAAUACUUGUAACUUUUAUAAUGUUCCCAGUAACUCGUUCUAAUGUUUUCAUCUUCUGUUUACUCCAAUCCAUCUAGGCAACAUGAGAGGGGUAUGAGGAUUGGGGACGGAUAUCAUAUAUUUCUCUUUAGUGAUGGAGAUAUUUUAAGUCCUAAUUAAUAACACUGUAUAAAUAGCACACAUCAGAUAAUUGCUUUCAUUAUUCAAACAUGCACUUGACUGAUCAAAGCCAGUAUCUGAUUGGUUGCAAUAAAUGACAGCUCAUCCACACUAUGUGAUUAAUGAAGUCUUAGUUUAAUAUUUGUUAUCUUUUAUACUGUACUGUACAUAAAACCUAUUUCUAGAUUA